CUAUGGAACUGUGAUAUUUGUCUUGACUUUCAGCUUAGUCGUUGUCUCUAGUUAUCGAAUAGAAGAUAUACUUCAAUUUGCUCAACGACGAAUAACCACCAUUCUUAUUGGUGUCUCCACUGUCAUGGUCAUAUCCAUGGUUGUCCAUCCGGUGUGGGCGGGAGAAGACCUUGUUAAGCUUGUUAGUGUCAAUCUUGAAAAGCUAGCAAACUCCUUAGAAGGUUUUGGAAGUGAGUAUUUUAAUGAUUCUGGGAUUAAGAGUGUUCGAGGCAACAAGAACAAUGUAGAAGAAUUUCUUAAAUCUCUUUUAAGUGUUCUUGGUUCUAAGGCCAAUGAAGAAUCGUUGGUGAGUAAAUCAAAUUACAAAAGUACAAUUCUCAUUAGUAGUUAACUUUUUUCUUGUUUUUCA